CUCGGCUAUUAUCAAAAGUUCGAAGACUGGCCGAAAAGUUGCGAUUGGUAAAAAUGUAAACAAACGUGAGAGAUGACAGGUGAACACUGAAAAUAUUAUUUAACACCACGUGUAGCUAUUUUUACAAGUGAGUAAAACAGAGGAAAGUUUUUAUUUUGGGUCUGAGAUUAAACCAAGAUCAGAGAUUAUGUACGUGUGGCAGGUUGUCAACCUCAUCAUGGCUGUCUUCUUUUGUUUGGCUGCACUUGCAAAUAUGAAUGAUGAUGAUUGGUACCUAUGGGCUCCAAUAUAUGCACUGCCAGGACUGUUGUCAGCAUAUAUUGUGAUAAAGCCAUCGUUUGCAGAAUCAAAGUUUUAUAACUACUCUACAGUGAUAUAUUUCACGUUAUGUUGUGCGUAUGGCCUGUAUCAGAUAGUGUUACUACUAGAAGCUCUUGGUAACAGACUGGAAAAUCCUCUACAACAUGAAGCUGGAAGGGAGAUGGGAGGUUUGUUAAUUAUUAUUACAUGGCUGGGGUUGUGCAGAUUUACAAGUAUUGGAAGACCAAAUGCACCAGUGUCAAAUAAAGGAAUGAUGAGUGCAUUACUACUGAUGACAGUAACCCUGACAGUACUACCCAUCUUUCUCUGGUCUAUAUGUUUUGUUAGUGACUGGCAUAAAAGAAUUGGUCAUUGUUCCGGCAUGUUCUCAUGAAUACAGAUCUAAUGUGUGUCAAUAAGUGUUGAUAUGUUAGAUAAUUGUUAAUUAACCAUCAUUCAGUCAUUAUUAUAUAACAGAUAUAUGAUAUUUGUCUUUGAACUCAAUGAAUAGUCAAGAUUAUUUGGUAUUUAAGGAUCAAGUCAAAAAAAGUAAUGAUGAUGUAGCAAUGUUUUAUAUUGGCAAAAGAAGAUAUAGAGUUUUUAUGCCAAGACCUUUUUUAUGAAAAUCUAGUCAUGUUCAUAAAACUUGUUUUAAUCUUUCUUAAAUUACAUAUAUAUAUUUUAACAACAAAACAUUCAUUAGAAACAAAAACAAAUGCCUGCUUUGUAAAUUACAUGAUUUAUAUACAUGUUCCCUCGGUAAGAAACUAAAUUUUUAAAAAUAUUGAUGUAAAAAAAAUGUAAUUUUGCAGUCUGCUUUAUGAUUUAAAUUAUUGCCAUAAAAGUUGCUUUCUUCCGUAAUCUCAGUUCCAAAAUUUUUAUUUAACAGCUAAAUUUGUAUAUGUUAUUCAUCACCAGGGAAGAAUUUUUAUUAUAUACUUAUAAAUGAAAUAUUGGGAAAUAUUUGAUGAAAUAAAAUGCUUAUUUUCAGUAUUUUCACUGGUGUCUUGCCAGAAUACUUUUCUUCCAAAUUCAGCCAUGACACAAAUUUGAUAGGGGGAGUCUUUUAAAUUGCAAUGUCUAAAAAGAGAAAAAUGUAUAUAAUAAACUGGAAAUUCAAGUUUUUCUAUUAAUACAGGAUUUCUUUUCAUCUUUUGGUAUGAACAUAAUUAUCACAUUUCAUUGGUGGCUACUCCCACUCAUGAAAAUUUAUUUUCAUACCAUUUGAUGAAAAUAAAUCCUGUAUUUAUAGAAAAACUUGAAUAUCCCAAAUGUAUUCUCCACAGAUACAGUAGAACCUGUACAGAGCAACAUCAGUUGAGAACCAAAAUAUUUGGUUAUUGUUGAGAGGGCUUGCUCUAUAGAUGGAUGUUCUGCAAAUAUUUCACUGUACAAUAAAAUGUAUAAGAAUUUACAGUAUUGUAAACAUUACGUUUCUAUUUCACAAAGACAUAGUAUAUUAUAUAGUUCAUUGUGUCCUAGCAUACAGUAUUAAAUAUGUAACAUAUCAGGUUUCUCAUUGUGAAGAGCAAGUAUUAGAGUUAGCAUCUUGAAAUAUGUUAAUUUUUGUAUAUUAGAGAAGUAACUUGUCCAGAUAUUUUGUGAGAUUUGUCUCUAUUACAAAUAUUACUAGGUUUUUUGAAACAUUUUGAUGAUUACCUAUUUGAAAAACCAUGAUGUGUAUUAUAUUCAUGUAUCAUAUUGUGUAUUUUCUUUUAAUGUAUUUGCAAAGCUUGUUAAUGCUGAAUUGUUCUUAGUCUUGCCAGUAGGUUUCAUUUGAUCUAUAUUUGCCAUUUGGUGCAUGGGACCAACAUUUGAGAUACUAGUAUUUUUAAUUUCUAUAUAACUGUGCCAUAAACUCUAAGUUGUUAAGUCUAAGUAUUGUAACUUAUAGAAAGCAGUCUUAUUUUCUAGUAUAGAGACAGGCAUCAUUUUUCCAGUCUGACCAGGUUGUCCACUUUUGGUCGGCCAAUAUGAAAUUUUCAUCUUAAUAACCCUAAUAUUGAUAAUGGAAUUAUCCAAAAAUAGAGACUAGGCAUGUCCAUUUUACAUGUUUUAGAAGUUCAGUGGGUUUAGGGUUAAGUAAUAGCCUAAAGGUAUUAUGAUGUUUAAUGUAUUGAAGACUUCCGUUAUUUUGAAGUGAAUAAGUAUUACGUUACAAUAGGGAAAUAGAAAUGAACUGGUACUGGAAGUUGAUAUAAAAAGUGCGAUAAUCUCAGUAGUCAUAAAACAGUUGAGUUUUCCUUUUGUUAAUUAUGCAUAUCAUUGUUUAAAAAAACAUGUUUUAACUACAUGUAUGUCAUAUAUACAUGUAUAUGCUUGUAUAAAGUGGCUAUUAUUAUAUCAGGAUAUAUUAUGAGAAUUUUGACUUGGUAAAUUUUGCUAGGUUGUUAUUAUAUAUGCACCAUAUCAAGUGUUAUUCCAGCUGAGUUACUUCUUUUGAAUUGUUAUGUCUUUAUUAAGUAUUUUUAUAAUGAAAAGAAAUUCUGUAGAUGUACUUGGUUUUUAGGUUGUUUAUUUGUAAAUUUUGCAAAGAUGUUUAUUUGAAAAAAUUUGCAGAAACAAAAGAUAUCUUGUAUAAUUUUGCUACGAGGUUAAUGACCAGUUAAUGCAAUAUCACAACAAGUGGGAUAAAGUGGGAUAAGGUAGACUGCGCAAGGAAGAGUGCAAUAAAUAUAUGUUCCAAUUGUUUCGAAAUGAUUAACUGAAUAAAAAUGUAAGGUUGUAAUAUAUAAUGUUGUUAUUUUAAUCUUGUUGAUUUUCUUGCAGAUAUCAGCACCAUUGAUUAAAUGAGAUAAUAUAUUAAAUUGAAAUAUAAGUUUAUGUUGGAUAUAUCAAAUUUAUAUUGUGUAGUUUUCUGAUGAUAAGGGUCAAAUAAUAUUUGACAUAUAUAUUUUAGAAGUUAAGGCUAUGAUGUGUUUUCUAAAAGAAGAAAAUAUAUAUUAAAGUGUAUUCAUAAUCA